CGCAACUAGCUGUUUCUCGCAGUAACAUUGUGUUUCGAGUUGUAUCGUUUAACAUUUUGAUAGAAGAGCACAGUCAGCCUAAAGCCAUCGUAUUAAGUAGCACUAUGGCCUUUAACGCCUGUAACAAAUAUCAGUCCCUGGAAAGAGUUCCGAACAUCGACGAUACGGUAUCGAAGCUGUACACGGGAUUGUCCGCACUACAGCAACAGUCCAAGAACUUCCAGAAGAGAGACAUUGAACAACUUCUGAAGGAAGCUCUAGGCUGCGCCGAUAGCACCCUAAAGUAUACACCCUCGUCGGAUACUUCCAGUUUCCUGCACAGCGAUGACAGCAACGACAGCAGCCGGCUUCUAAUAGUCUCGGAGAGCGACCACAGUGACACCCAAUCGAACCACAGCGAACAGUCGGAAUCGACUCUCAACAACAGCCGAGGAGAUACCAUCAUGAAGAAGCUUCACCCUUCCCGUCCACUCAGCCGAUGGCAUUCACUGGUUGCGGCGAACAACGAGGAAAUUCCGAUCGUGUACCACAAGAGCAUGGCUCGACAAUUCCCGAUUAUGGAUCGCACCCCAGAGCAGAUGGAAAAGCGUCGCCGAAAUACGGAAGCAGCUCGUGUCAGCAGGGCAAAGACGAAGAUGGCUGAAAUUAUGAUGGAGAAGGAAGCAUCAGAGCUGAAUACAGCCAAUACAUCCAUCAAGCAGAUGAUCGCUUCACAACUGGCCUACGCAAAUGAGCUUUGCAAGCUGCUGGACAUGCCAGCGGUAGAAUUGAAUACUUUCAAAAGAGUUGGACAAGAUAUCGCCAAGUAGAUAUCACGCGAGUAUUUAGUUUUUUCUUACUUUCAAUAAAAAUGUUAAUCUAAAAUCGUUAAUAGAAGUUCGUUCAAUGCUUCCACAUAAGAAAUCUUCCUUCGUUGAUACCUGUUUAUUGUCAUCAAGUUUACUGUUUACGCCACCAGAAGUAGAAAUUCGUCACUUAUUCAAAUACAUCCCCUAAGCAUUAGUGAAAGAAGAGUUUUAGAAUCCCUUUUUGUCACCAAUAUCUGAUUCGGCUACUAGUGUCAGACUGUCCUGUAGCAGUAACAACUUUCCUGUAGUAGCGUUAAUAGUGUAGGUCAGAUGAGUCAAACUCAUUUGUUCAGCCAUUUGGUAACCCCACUAGCCAUUCGCGGGCCGCAAUAUUUAACAGAAAUAUCAAUGUUGAAGGUAUCUUCAAAUAUGAAUUGGAUUAAUCAUUACUUCACAGUGUCGCGGGUCGCAUACAUAAUCUUCGGGGGCAGCAUACGACCCGCGGGCUGCCA